CUGAGGAAAAUGCGACUUUAAAGGCUGCCUGAAGUAGCCCGGCUGGCACCUUCGGGCCCAGCCGCCCCUCGCCGCGAUGGCAACGCCGCACCGCGGGGCUUCCUCAGCGCUCCCGCCCCGCCGCCUCCCGGGGCACACAGCGGCCAGGCAGCCGGCUCCUUUCUGAUAGGCUGCGCUGUAGAAAAAACAUGAUGUCAGCUCGGGUUUAAGUGCUAUAUAUAGUAUGUGGACAAGACUACAAACUCCCGGGAUCUGUCUUUGACCAAGAGAAUAUCUGGGGCAGUUGCUCCAGGCCUCUCGCCACUGAAGUCAUUAACUGCACUGUAAAGGUCAGCCUCGCAGCUUUGGAAGAAACUAUGUACUAACCUGGCUCUGCAGGAGGCAGCUUUCCAUAGCAUCUCUGGACUGGGUCACUUACACCUCAUUUGAUAUUCCCCUGUGCUCAUCAAGUGAGGACUGCUGCUUAUAGGACUUGAAAGCUGAUGGAGCUGCCUGGCCUUGCUUUUGCUGUUUGGAUGUUUAUUUGCUUCUAUGCAUCUGUGAAUAACUAUCCAAGUGGAAAAGUAAGAGAAGCCUGCACUAGUAUGAUACCCUGUCAUGGUAGCUCUCCACAACUGUUACCUGAGCACACCAUUACUGUGAAUUGGACUGAAUUUAAACCAGGGGACAAUAUAGAAGUUCACCUGUCUGGACCAGAUUUUGAAGGAUUUUUCAUUCAAGCCCGGGAUGCAGAACACUUGGAUAGCCCUGCAGUUGGUUCUUUCAUGUUAGUUGACCGGAGACUUUCUCAGCUUCUGACGUGUGGCCGUACCAAGAAUUCAGCUGUCAGUCACACAAGUAAAACAAAAAAGAAAUACAUAAAAGUUUAUUGGAUUGCUCCUGGAAAUGCACCAAAACGUGUACAGUUUCUAGCCACAGUUGUAAAGAAAUACAAGAUUUUUUGGGUGAAGAUUCCUGGUCCCAUUGUUUCUCAGCCUAAUGUACCAUCCCCAACAACACCCUUGCAUGCAACGACAGAGGCUAUGUCAACUUCACAUCAGAUUUCCUACUUAUCAAAGCCAUUUAAUGCAUCAGGUUGUGGAAGUAUGAAGUUCUGCAUUAGGAACCCUUCAAACUGUGAUCCUGAAAGUGCUUCCUGUUUUUUUCUGUCCUUCCAACAAGAGAAGCGUUCGGUAUUUAUUGAAAUGAGUGGUCCAAGUGAAGGAUAUUUAGCAUUUGCAUUGUCCCAUGACCAGUGGAUGGGUGGUGAUGAUGCAUAUCUGUGUGUUAAUGAGGACCACCAUGUUUACAUAAGCACUGCCUAUCUGAAGGGCCGAAGUCCUCCUGUUUUGUAUUCAGAGAAUGCCCUUGAAGAUGUGUCAUGGAGGCUUGUGGAUGGUGUUCUUCAGUGUUCUUUCAGAAGGAGUAUUCAUCUUCCUGCUUAUAAAGGGAGAUUUAAUCUGGAUGGCAGUUACUACAUCUUUCUGGCAGAUGGGGAAGCUAGUGAAGGUGGACUAAUAUAUAAGCAUCGUCGUCAGCCUCUGAUCACCAAUAGAAUGUACAAUGUCACAGGCCUUCCUCAGGAUAUUGGAGGUUCCCGGUCCCCUCGACUUAUCAAGGCUCAUGGAGUGCUAAUGUUUGUUGCUUGGAUUACUGCAGUUAGUAUUGGUGUUAUUGUUGCACGAUUCUUCAAACCUGUCUGGUCUCAUUCAUUCUUGUUUGGAAAGGAGAUGUGGUUUCAGGUGCAUCGUAUACUUAUGUUGACCACAGUCAUGUUAACAAGCAUUUCCUUUGUGUUACCUUUUAUAUACCGAGGAGGUUGGAGCCAACAAGCAGGUUUUCAUCCCUAUCUCGGCUGUACUGUGAUGUCUCUGACAAUCUUUCAACUGCUUAUGGCAGGUUUCAGACCAUCUCGACAUGCGCCAAGGAGGCAAUUGUUUAACUGGUUUCAUUGGAGUGCUGGUACAACAGCUAGAAUACUAGCUGUGGUGACUAUGUUCUUGGGAAUGGAUCUACCAGCACUUGACCUACCAGACCCAUGGGACACUUACACAAUGAUUGGUUUUGUAGCUUGGCAUGUUGGUAUUGACGUUCUUCUGGAAAUACACAGCUACUGUCUCGUACGUAAAGUUGAAGUCAUAGAGGAUGACAGAAUACAGAUACUGCAGUCACUCACAUCUGCAGAAGCAGAGGGUCGUCUGUUUAAACAGAUUGUGUUAACCAUCUAUGUCUGUGGAAAUAUAGUAUUCCUCUUUGCUUUCCUGGCAGCAAUCAACCAAAUAUGAAAUAAAUUAUUGAGAAUUUUGUGAUUUAAAUAUUGUGCAGUUGAAAAACCUCUAAGGAAUGCUUUCUAUUACAACUUUUACCUCAACGCCUCCCUGAAGAUGUAAUUGAAGUGUAACAGCACAUGUUUGGCAUGCUCAGUGUUAGGGAAAACUUGAAAUCAAAUCUAUAAAAGGAUGCUGCAGUCCUGCAAAAGCUGUCUUCCGAUGGGACUUUUAAUAGGCGUCUUUACCUGAGUAAGGAAUGAAGUUUCUGGUUUUUAAGUGCAGUAAUUAACUCAAUUGAAGCUUAUUACUUGACCGAGAAGAUAUGCUGAAAAUGCUGUUUUGGUAGUCAGUUCUCUUUUGUGAAUAUGACUGGGAAAACUGGAAGGAUUGAUCAGGAAUCUAUCAUAUCUGUUCUCUUUACUGGGUUCUAAUGGCAUGUGAUGUGCAACUUCCUGCUCAUGACAGUUUUGUGCAUUAAAAAAGAGACAGUCGUAGUGGAAAACUGUAACAAAGGCAGGUUGAUGUGUAAACUAAAUGCUGUUGUCUAUCUUUGCAGUUAAAUGCAAAAGUAUUCUUACUGCUCUACACAAUCAUAUGAUUUUGGGAACUUCAGUGUUUUAAUAAAACCACCAUAUGUCUCACCCAGAGUACUGUUCUCAGUGCUCUAAACCAUAAAGAGAAAAGGUGUUUGCAAUAUAAGUGCAUUAAAACCCAUUGUACUUAUCCAAAACUCAAACAGGAAGAACCUGUAUGUGUAUGUAUUUGUAUUUUGCUGUCUUUGCUUGCUUUUGGCUUCUGAAUUCCUUUCCUGUGUGAAUAAGAUGGAUUUAUGCCACUUAGAUGCUUAAAUUGAAGUGGAAAUACUUGCUCAACAAUGUUGCAGUUGUAUUUGCAGUAUUGAGUGAAAUGUAGGUUAGGAGUUACUUUGACUUCAGGAAAAGCAGCUUCUGUAAGAGAGUCCUUUGAGCUGGCAUAUCUAGGAGACAGAACUGUCUUUAUAAGAAUAUGGGAGGGCACUCUUUUACUCAGCAGAAUAUUUAUCUGAAUAUAUGAACUGGAUACAGGGAACAGAAAGGCUAUUUUGUUUAGGUUUUUUGUUUUGUGGUUUGGCUAAGUAUGGAAGGACACUCUUGAAGUGGCAUCGCAGAAAUGAACCUUUAAGAUGCUGUGCAGUACAGUGCUUUGCAUUUGUCUUUGCAGCUCCUAACAGUUUGUUUCUGCAUGUCUUCAUUUUUGAUACUGGAAAGUACUGAUUUUUAGUUGUAAUACUUCAAAACAGAUCUUCAGCCUAGGGCUACCAAGCUAGCUGGAAAUGAAGGUGUUGGAGUGUUGGACAGAACAGUAAAUAGGGAGGUCUGGCUUGCGAUAGACUAUUACGGCAACAUCUCUAAUAUGUCAUGGCCAGCUCUAAAAUACUUGUACAUGUGGGUCAGGUAGUGGAAGCUGUCUAUUUCUGUGUCUUCCUCCAUCUCCCCAAAUCUACAGUGCAGCCUGUUGACAGGGCAAGUCAUAGUCAGAAAGCUACAAGUUUUAGUCAGUGAUACUCCUUUUGGCUGCUCAGGUAACUGGUUUAGACAUAAGGGCAUUUAUAGAGCUGGGAUUAAUCCCCUUGGCAGCAGCAGCAGUAGACUGUAAGUGAGUGUAAGCUGAAUCCUCCCCCUUCCUCCUGGAAGCUGGAAAAGUCAUGUGCAGUCUGGAAGAGUGGGACUGUGAAGAAAUAUGGAAGAACCUAGGCUGAAGGGAAAGAAGCACAUAUAGGUAAUUAUGUGGGUUUUUUAGAGAACUCUGAUCUUAAAAGCCUUGGAAUCGCAGACUAAUCUAGUGCUGAAGUCUUGGGGACUCUGUCAUGAGUUUAUAGAUGAAAAUCUCUCAAUCGAGAGGUAUGAUUGAUGGCUUUUUAAAUUUAAGUCAAUACAGAUUCUGUAAUAAAUAGCUGUACUGCAUAUUGUUUCAUUUUCAUGUGACAGUGACACAGGGUUUUUAAAACAUGAAUGUAAGUAUCUUUUAAAAAGUUUUUGUCCCUUUUAGUAAGGUGAAAACACUAUGAAAUAGAAACUAGAAAAGAAUAGUCUUGCCUAACAGCAAAAUGGAUUGUCUUUUUUUUUUUUUUUUUUUUUUGUUGUUUUAUAAAUUAAAGCUAUCUAAAUGCUUCCUGGAGGAACUCUUAUUGAAGUUGAAUGUUAAAAUAGUUUCACUCCAUAAUGCAGAGUUUCAUUUCCCCAAUAAAUUCCACAUCUAAUACAGCUUUAAAGUUGGCAAAAUUGUCAAUUGCUCUGAAUAACUUGUUCCUUUCCAGUACUAUCAAUAUUGUGUAGUGCCUUAUGUGUAGUAUUGUACCUUGAUUGAAAGAGUUGUUAAUUCUGUGUAAUGUCUGUUCACACCACCACUACUGCCCUACGACUAUUCCUCUAUGACUAGUAGGAGGAAGCAAUGUGUCACUGUAUUCUAGUGACUUCCAGAAUGUGUUAUACUCCUUUGGGAAGAAAGGAAGAAGUCAAUGGAAGUGUUUGAUGUCAACAAGAAAAUAAGUGAUGGCAGUUUGGUUCUAGAGACACUGGUGGCUGUUUUUGUUUUGGGUUUUUUUAUUUUCUUGAAUGAUAAAAUAAUAUAUAGAAGAAAAUUCCUAUCGCUUUGCUUCAUAAAGGAAUCCCAUUGAAGUCAAGAAAACUUCUUUGAGAGGAGGAUGGGAAGGUUUCAGUGUUGGUUGGUUUUGGGUUUUUUUACUCUUAAUUUAAACUUAUAAUGACAAAUCAACAUUAGCAUAUUUCUGUUUAUGUUCUCUAGACAGACAAACACUCCCAGUCAAGUAGAAACUUGUGAUCAGUCUCACAAGUAGUUUACUGUUUUGAUUGUUAGGUGCACCCUCUAAAUACAGGUCAUCUGCUCUUGACUUAACUGCAAAUUAUGUUUCUUGCAUGUGUUUUGAAAGCAAACUGACUGAUGUAAAUAGUUCAAAAGCAAUGGAGUUCACUGCUAUUUUACUUGAAAUAAGGUUUUUUGCUAGCUGACAUGCAGGCUGCAGAAUAAACUGAGAAAAUAUGUGCCUUGUUUCUUCUUACACUGAACGCUACACUGUUUCCUGUUUUGUCAAAAAUCACGAGAUGGGGAGACUUCCUAUUUAGUGUAAUGCCUGCGUUUUUUCUUUACCCAGGUUUGGGAAGGCUAGAGGUUGCCUGCCUUUUUGUUUUCUGUCGCGGUUUGUAACACUAUGUGGCGCUCUUGUUCAAAUAACAGCGUUUUUAUUUUGCUUUCUUUCUUUAAUCUUGUCAGUGAGAGGUUGAGACAUGUAAAGGAUGUCCAAAACAGGAGGUUCUCCUAGAGGAACUAAUGAGAUAAAAUUCUUAAGCUUUAUUAAGAAAUUUUUGUCUUUAAAUUCAAGCCAGUUCAUACAGAUAGACAUUAUGAAAUGGGUGCUUGCUUGGUAUCUAUGCUUAAGCUUUUGUUUGAACAGUUAUGGCCUGUUUUCUUUUGUCAUGUGUGUAAACUGUGCUCUACAUUCUACGUGGGUACAUCCCAUUCCAAACAACUUCAGAUGAAUGGCAAUCAUUGAGGAAAAACUGCAAUCUUCUGCCUUUCAACCAUCUUGGUGAUUUUAGACCUUUGGUGCAGUCUGAAGAAAGAAGGCCUUCAAGUGAAUGGAAGGAUGGUUAACAGGGAUGAUCUGCUAGUAAUUCUGAGAAGUUCUUUGCUCACAUUAGUCUUCUCUAUGGGAUAUGUGUGAAAGGGCGAUCUGCUGCAUUCACUUACCUGAGGGAAUGGCACAGCAGGAUCGAUACAGGACAAGUGCUUCAGAGCAUUCUUGGUACCAUCUGUUUUGGCUCAUGCAUUGAGCUAGUUUAACCACUGUAUAGCUUCUACUGAUCUUCCUCGUGCUAUGCAAAAGUGACUUCACAUAUUGUAAACCACCAAGGCUGAACAUCUGUGUCACACUUAACCAGGUAUCUAUGAUAAUCAUCCUGAACAAAUGAUACUGCACUAAGAAGGCCCCCAGAUCUGGCUUUGUUUCAGAGAUACUUUUGUCUUGCUGGGCCUUAAAAAUCAUUUGUCUUUAAUAAUGAAUUGGAAUUUUGCAUGGCAUCUGUACUGAUGUGUGAAAAAUGAUUUGCUGUUUUGCAAUUGUGAUCUUGUUGAUAUGGGAUGUGGGAAAGCUGUGGGGCUGGAAUUCAGAUGAUGCAUAUCCCCACUUCCCAGAAGUGCACAACUCCUGAAUGUUCCAUUUUGUGUCUCUUCCUCCAAAUUAAUGAUCGCUACCCAUGCUGCUACAUAGUUACUGUAUUAGUGUGGGACAGUUCAGUUUCAUCUGACACAAACUGAGUAGUUUUAGUAUAUGUGACAUCAGAAUUACCACAUGGCAAAGCAGAGAUCUACUGAUCUGUCUCUAGAAGUGGUAGUAAGGAGUGCUUAGAGCAAAGGACGUAACAACACUGCAGUCACAUUUCUCUUCCCAGGAAGAUCUCCUUGUGUGCCAAAAUCUGUGCAAGGAUGUCUUUCCUAAGCUAGAAACUGCAGCUGGACUGUGAACUCUUGUAGUGAUUGGAUUUUAUCUAUGAUAAAAUUAAUUAUACAAUGAAUUAUUAAAACAAUAAUUAUUAAAAAAAUAAUAAUGCUUUUGCCCUCCCAUUUAACUAGUCGUUGUGAUAAAGUGUUUCUUGUUUUUGUUUUAAGCCUGCUUCUUCAUAUCAUUGUUUAAUGAUCUGUAUUUUGUUUUUACCUUCCUGCCUUUACCACAGUUCUCAUCACAGGCCUCACAGGUCUGUGUCUUACUCUUUCCCUGUAUGACUGCUGCUGUACUUGGCCACUUCCCACUUCUGAAUAAUCUUCAUUACCCGUCUCUAUGUGUCUCUUCAAAGAUGGGGUGACCACGCUCUACUCAAGUUGUAAAUACCAAGUGCUAUGACACAGUUGUGUGUUGAUUUGUUUUCCAUGCCUUCCCUGAUGAAUCCUAAACAUCUGUCUUAAUUUUCAUGGCUUCUGAGCGUGGAGUUGAUAUUUUCAGGGGACCAUCUAAAAU